GGGAAUAGUUCACACAGCGCGAAUUUUGUCAUCCACGAAAUUACUUCACCCUCACAUGUACUAAGAGCCCCAUCUUCAAUUACUCGCUCAUAGAAUCUUGAAACAUGAAACAAACAAGAAAAUAACUCUCCGACCCGUAGACACUAUUGUAUCACAAGCCUCAUACAUUCGGAGACAUAUCUCCAUAUCUCCAAGCUUCCCUCAAUCCCCCUAUUCUCUGUAAUCCCAGCCCGCCCAAAAGUCUCCGAAAGCUCUCCGACAAGCGAGAUCCCCAUACAUUCUUUGAUUCUUUCGACCCCACUAUAGUUACACCCCACUAAUCAAGCACGACGAACCUGAGAGAGGUAUAAGUAUAACGAACAUUCAUUCCGAGUCCUUCAACUUUUUUCCCUCUGCAGGAUCAAUACAUAUUCAUGAUCAGAAGUUAUUAUCAUAUCCUAUUUGUUGUUUUGUUAUCAUCGAUUCUCGGGAUUUAUUUUGGAGGGACUGAACUUGCAGAGUUUGAGUAUAGAAUUAAGGUUUUGGUGAAGAAUUCUAGAUUGAAAAUGGCCGGGCAUACACAUACACAUGAUGGAGAUGUGACGGAGAAGAAUAGAGAACAUUGGGACACGCAUGCCUCAACCUACGACACGCGGUUCCAAAAAACCAUUGAACAACUCAUCUCCAUCAUCCAAGAAGACCGCACCCUAUCUUUUAUCGGGGCCAACUGGGUCACCGAGACCUCGCCUCCAGAGCAUACCAUCAAGCUCCUCGACUACGCCUGCGGCACCGGUCUCAUAACCCGUGCUCUGCUCCCCACCAUCACCCGCGCCAUCGGCAUCGAUCUCUCUUCCUCCAUGGUAUCACAGUACAACGCACGUGCCUCCAAUCAAGGACUUUCCCCAUCCGAAAUGUUCGCUCAUCAAGGAAACUUGCUUUCCUCCGAGCCAGCCCCGGAAUUGGAGAUCGAAGAGCUCUAUCAAUUUGAUAUUGCGGUUGUGGGACUGGGAUUUCAUCAUUUCUCAAACCCGUCUUUGGCGGCGAGGAAAAUAGGAGAGAGGUUGAAGAAAGGUGGGAUUUUGGCGGUGGUCGAUUUCGAAAGUCAUGAUGGGUAUGGAAAUCCUCAUGGACAUGGGCAUGGACAUGGACAUGAGCAUCACGAGCAGUUAAAUGAGCAAGCUGAACAGGCACGGGAAACAGUUACUCAUCAUGGAUUUUCCGAGGAGGAGAUCAAGAAAAUAUUUGUAGAUGCGGGCGUGGGUGCGGAUUUUGGAUAUAUGGUGCUGGGGAAGGGAAUUGUGUUCCAUGGAACUGGGGUUGAGGGAGGAAGAAAAGAUAUGAAGAGGGCAGUUUUCAUGGCGAGGGGUGUCAAAUUAUAAAAUAUCGUCUGUGCAAAGUAAAUCUUCAAAGAAUCGAGAGAAAUCAUGAAGAGUUGAAAGGGAACUUAGAACGAGAGCUGGAAGCUAGAGUGUAACGUGCCCAAUGUGCAUGAAUUGAAUUGGCAAAAUCAUUUCGAGGAAAUCUUCCUACAUCUACAUACCUAAAUACGAGGGACAGACAUCCCAAACACUAUCGAAUUUUCAAUCCCGUCCCCCACA